CACAUGGAGAUGAGACACCCACAACCACGAUGACCCCCCCUUCUACUUCUCCCCUGCACAUUUGAAAAACCAUCCCUCCCACUGCGCCAUACCUUCUCAAAAUGGCUCCAACCCCACUUCUCAGUUACGCCUUCUCCCUCCUCCGCCUUCCUCCUCCCUCCCACUUCUCCAAACCACGCCGCCCCAUCCACCGCUCCCCCCUCCUCCAUGUCCCUCCUUAUUCCUUGGUUUCAGACGACACCAUCACGCUUCUCUUUCCUCCCCAUUUCCUCAAGCCCUUCUCCACCUCCCGGAUUGGAAGCUUCCAAAAUGAGGAUUUAGAAAACUAUGAGGCAGCUGGAUUGAAAGAUACUCCAGUUGAACAAGAUGGGGAUGCUCCUGUCAAAGAACAAAGUAGGAUUUCUGAGGAGAUAUUCCAAAAUGGGGAAUAUGAGACUUCUGGUUCUGGUAAUUCAUUCCUAGUAAAGGUAGCAAUAGCCCUGGGUGUGGCUGUCACAGCCACAAUAAUAUCCGCUGGAUUCAAGCAGCCUGUUGGAUCUUCUUUUGGGUUUCAACGUCUGGCUGAAGAUUCAUCUUCUUCAGUUUUGUCUGCAACCCCUGUUGGUUUCACUUUCAAAGCUUUUGGGUAUAGAAUUGUACUUCCAGAAUAUACGCCUGGAUGGGUCUACUUUUGGUUGCUCAUGGCUGCUGGAUGUGGACUUUUUAUUAGUGAAGAGGCUUUAAAUAUUUGGGUUGGAAUAUCUUUAGCACGGAUGCUGCAUUUGGAUGGGUCAUGGCAAUCUUUUGCUGAAUCUUUCUCAAGAAAGGCUCCAUGUAUAAUAUCUACAAUUUUCUGGGUAUACUGGGGAGUUUGUAUUAGCGAUAUGAUUCCAUUUUACCUUGGGAAGGCUUUUAGGCAAACUGGGGCAUCUGAUGAUGUUUGUUCAAAGCUAGGGAUCAGCAAAGAGAAGGCAGCAAGCAUUACAAGGGCGGUGCAAAGAUAUGGCAAUUUCAUAGGAUUUGUAGAGCGAGUUUCCGUAGGAGUAAGAAAUCCAACUGCUUUCCUAGCAGGGGCCAUGGGCAUAUCUCCAGAGUGUUUCUUUGCUGGUGUCUGCUUCGGUGGCCUGGUCACUCUUCCACUUCAGUUGGGGAUCGGGUUUCUACUGAGGGAGCGCCCUGUCUUUGCCUUGGCUACUGUUGCAACAGCAGUGGGAGUUUGGACUGUUUUUCCAUAUGCUGUGGCUGCUUCAACAGCUUUGUUCCUUUUCUUGAGACGCCGCUACUUCACAUAGGCCCGCUUAAAAUCUUUUACCAGUUAAGUGGUCUAAAAAUUAGAGAAUAGAAGCUAUCAAAUUUGUAUACAAAGAUGAACUAUAAAUCUAUUGUUUGGAUGGAUGGUAAUUGCAGCCACUUGUUGAAUAACCAUCCCAAUCUUCCCUUUUCUUUGGGGUUCUUCCACAGAGGGAGUGGUCUUAGAAUUGAUUACCCCUAAUUAUGUAUAUUUGAUAUUUGCCCCUUCAUGAGGAAAACUCAAAACUGGGUUGAAUUAUAGCUAUUUCUUUAUCAUUCUUGUAUAUAUAAUGCAUACUCUCUUCCCAAAAGUACUUGUUUAGAAAAUGAAAUUACACUUGCU